UUGAGUAGUGAAACCAUAAACUUCUUAUUAACUUUGUUCUGAUAAAAAUUACAGUUACAGGUUGGACUGAACAAUUUGCAUUUUGCACUUUGGAUUUGCAAUGGAUUUUUACAGUGGACUGUUUAGUGUUGGUUCAUUGAAAGUGCUUUUGUUUUCAGUAAUUUCAUAUUUCGUUUAUGUUUAUCUAUUGAAACCUGCAUUACAUUAUAUUUAUAUUGUUAUUCAUUAUCAUGGAUUCCAUUAUCAACCAAAAAGUUUUCUUCUGGGACAUGUGAAGCAAAUUUGGCCAAAUUUUCCGUUCCCUAUUGAAAUGAAGACGGUUGCAGGAAAUUUAUACGAAAAGAUGCUUAAAAUUGUCGGUCCUAAUCCAAGUCGAUCUUUAUCAGUUUUAUGGAUUUCCAUUUUUCCAGUCGUCUUUGCUUCGGGUCAUGAAGUAGUAGAGAAGAUAUUGCACCGGACAAACCUGAAGAGGCCACAUUUUUGUAAAUUUCUUGGCCUAGGAGAUGGAUUGAUAUCUUCAGAACCUGAUGUUUGGAAGGUUCGAAGGAAGUUGAUUGAACCUUUUUUCACGACUAAAAAGAUGAGAGACCAUGCUAAACACAUGUAUGAAGAGGUUAAAUCAUUUGGUCAACAAUUGGAUAAGGAAGUUGGUAAACCCGUUGACUUGGUUCAUCAAAUACACACAAGUACUUUGAACAUCAUUUUAAAAACUAGUGCAAGUAUUCCUUUAGAAGAUUCAAUCGAAGAUAAAGAAAGAUAUGUCGAACUAGUUAGCACAGUGGAAAGAAAUGCUGUCAAACGCGCUGCAAACCCACUUUAUCAACUUGAUUGGAUGUUCAAGUUAUUUCAGUUUAGUCAAGUUUAUUAUAAAGCGAUCAGUAGUACGGUAGAAAUUAUAAAUAAAAUGUUUAGGCGAAGAAAGCAACUGUUAAAGGAUUCAUCAUCGAAUGAACCAGAAAACCAGGAUUUAGUUGGUUUACUUGAAGGUAAAGUGGAUGAACAAGGACUUUUAGAUGAGUUGAUAACGCUUAUUGGAGCUGGACAUGAUACAACUGCAGUCGCUUUACGUUGGAAUCUAUUCAAUAUCGGCAAUCAUUAUGAUGUACAAGAGAAACUGUAUAAAGAGAUUAUUCAAUUUUUCCCUGAUGACACACCGAUAGAUGAUAUGGAUAAACUGAAAGAGUGCGUUUAUCUUGAGCAGGUCAUAAAAGAAUCACUUCGGUUGAAUCCUUCUGUUCCCGGUACUACGAGAGUACUUGAAGAAGAUAUAAUGUUAAAUGAUGAACGACUUAUCAAAGGUUCAAUGGUUAACGUCUCAUCUCUAGCAACUCAUUACGACCCAAAUGUUUAUCCCAACCCAACAAAAUAUGAUCCUGAUAGAUGGAGUCCUGAAAAUGCCUCUAAAAUACCUAAAACAGCUUGGAUUCCUUUUGGUUAUGGACCACGAAUCUGUAUUGGAUACCGAUAUGCAAUGGUAGAGCUCAAGAUUUAUACAGCUCAAAUUAUUCGUAAAUUCAGUUUAAGAUCAACUCGACCUCAUGGAAGUGUUUCAAUGCUGUAUGAAGUUACUUUUCAGCCAUCCUUGCCUUUGGAAAUAAUAAUGACACCAAGAAAUAACAAUCAAUCAAAUUUAAUCAUUAGUUCUAAUAGUUCAAUUGAUGAAUUACUCAAUUUUGGUUAUUUCUCAGUCUCACAAUUAACCCUUAAACUUACAAUGGUUGAUAUUGGAUUGUUAAGUCUCCAAACACUGAAACUGUUUUUGUUUUCGGCAACUUUGUAUUACAUUUAUGUUUACCUAUUGAAGCCCGCUCUAAAUUUUGUUUAUAUGGUCAUUCAUUAUCAUGGGUUUCCAUCUUAUCCGAAAAACUUUCUUCUUGGACAUUUGAAGCACUUUUGGACAAACUUUCCAUUCCCAAACGACGCUGCAAGUGUUUCAAAAAAUGUGUACGAAGCGGUCAAUAAGAUUGUUGCUCAUAACCCAGAUGAAUCGCUAUCAGUUGCAUGGAUUUCAAUCUAUCCAGUUAUAAUACUUACGGGUCAUGAAGCAGUAGAGAUUCUGCUGGACAAGAAAAAUUUGAAGAAACCUCAUUUUUACAAGUUUAUGGGCCUAGGAGAUGGACUGAUACCUUCAGACCCUGAAAUUUGGAAGGUUCGAAGGAAGUUGAUUGAACCUUUCUUCUCGACUAAAAAGAUGAAAGAUCAUGCUGAGAACAUGUAUCAAGAGAUGGAAUCAUUUGGUCAACGAUUGCAUGAUGAAGUUGGUAAGCCCAUUGACUUGGUUCAUCAAAUACAUACAAGUACAUUGAACAUCAUUUUAAAGUCUGCUACAAGCAUUCCUUUAGAUGAUUCAAUGGAAGAUAAAAAGAAAUUUACCAAAUUAGUGGAUAAAAUCGAACCCAACCUUUGUCGAAGAGGAACAAAUCCUUUUUACUAUUUUGAUUGGCUUUUCAAGUUUUUCGAGUUUGGCCGAGCUUAUAAUAAAACCAAUGAUAUGAUCGCAGAGUUUAUAAACCAUAUAUUGACUCAAAGAAUGGAAAUAUUCGAGAAUGCCCUCAAUGAACCAGAGAAUCAGGAUUUCAUUCAUUUACUCGAAGACAAAAUCGACGAACAAGGAAUUCACAAUGAACUGCUAACUCUUAUCAUAGCUGGACAUGAAACGACAGCAGUGGCUUUACGUUGGAUCUUAUUCAAUCUCGGCAAUCAUUUAGAUGUACAGGAAAAACUGUACAAAGAGAUUAUUCAAUUUUUCCCUGAUGAUGCACCGAUAGAUGAUAUGGAUAAAAUCAAACAGUGCAAUUAUCUUGAUCAAUGCGUAAAAGAAUCACUUCGAUUGAAUCCUCCAGUCUAUGGUAUUGCAAGAGUACUCGAAGAGGAUAUCAUGGUAAAGGAUAAAAGACUCAUCAAAGGUUCGGUUGUUGGUGUCAUGAUUGAAGCAACUCAUCGCGACCCAAAAGUUUAUCCCAAUCCCAAAAAAUACGAUCCUGAUCGAUGGAACCCUGAAAAUGCAUCAAAAAUACCGAAAGCAGCUUUUAUACCUUUUGGUUACGGACCUCGAUCCUGCAUUGGAUAUCGCUAUGCAAUGAUAGAACUAAAGAUUUACACAAUUCAAAUCAUUCGUAAAUUCAGUUUAAGAUCGACUCGACCACACGGAAGCAUUCCACUAAAAGCUGAUAUUACUUUGAGACCAGUUGAACCUUUGGAGAUAAUAAUGAAACCAAGAAACCACAACUGAACUCGUAAAUUGAACCGGUUUUUUGGUUUUUUGGUUAUAAAUUGAUUGCAAAGAUAUUUAGUUGGUAAAGGGUCAAAACAGAGAAGGUCAAUAAAGCGAAAAGAGGUUUAACUUGAAAUUUUAAGCUCUUCAUUUUUAAUCGGUUUUCUAUUGAUAUUUCAAUGAAUUUACUAAAUAAAAACUCAUUUAUGGCCAUUGA